UCGUCCCAGUCCAACAGGUGUAUGAGUCAAUCCGAAGUUCGAGUCUCGAUGGGGACAGUGAAAUAUCGAAUGCUGCUGCAUGGGUCGACGAUAGAUCUCCAUGUAGACCUCAGGAAGCUAGGCGCAGUGUUGAUAGACGCAAAGCUAUGAUCCGAGAGGGGAUAUAGAAUCAGGUGAAGUGUUGUGCGCAGGUGCAUCUUGAGUUUACUAGUCCUCUGCUAGACUAAAGGCAGCGCAGCCGCUCUACUUAUGUCCUCAACCUGCCAGCGUGUCAGCUUGGGCCCCUGAUCGUCGCAUCAUCAAUGAGCUCCUGAA